CAAUGCAGCUUUUAAUGGAGCUGUGAGCGGUGCGGGCUGAAAACGCAGCACCACCGCAGGCUUGUCCGGAGACUGUAGCCGUACAUAUUCAACUCAACCGUCAACGAGGUUUUAACGGUUUGACAAACCUGCUGAGCGGCCGUGACUCAGUUUUUUAGGACACCCGGACUCUUCUGCUGGGGUUCCUGUAUUAAGAAGAAAGACGAGGAGAUUUCUGAAACUCCACCUCUUGAGGAUUUUCUGAUAAGGGGUCAGAAAAUGAGCACAUUCCACAUAGAAACAACUGGCCCACCCAGCUAUCUCACUCACCUGUGAGCAGCCAUGCAUCACCCAUCGAGGGGCACCCCUCCCCAGCUGCGGGGCUGUUUUCUGACAUAGACUUGGAAGAAUAGCUAAACCUCUUAAUAGAAAUGGCAUUAGUUUGUGUGGGCUAUAACACAUCAGACUACAUAUUAGAGUACAGGUGAGGCUGAAUUCCUAGCCAAUACCCACGGGACCCUUAAGAGGAGGUAAGCAGCCUCAGAUGACCUUUACAGAAGGACAGUGCUACAUCCCAGCUUUGAUGAUUUAGUAUCCCACUGCCUUGCUGACAAGGUCGAUCAUGGCUGCUGCUGAUCCCCAUAGCAACGGUUCCUUGGUGGGGCGAGGAGCAGACUGAGGGAGUCAACAAUGCAGCGUAACGGUGGUGGGGUGGGUGCUGGAGGCCAGCCAUGGGUGCUGCGGCGUGUGCGUCUUACAUGGCUCAGUUUCAUGCUCUUCUUUAUCCUGGUCUUCUUCCCACUCAUUGCCCACUACUACCUCACCACCAUUGACGAAGCUGGAGGUCCCGAUAAGCGUAUCUUUGGGCCACGGCCCGGCGGUGAACUGUGCGAAGCCAAACAUGUGCAGGAUCUUUGCCGCAUUCGAGAGUCGGUCAGCGAAGAGCUGCUGCAGCUGGAGGCCAAGAGGCAGGAGCUCAACGGGGAGAUCGCCCGACUCAACUUGCGCAUCGAAGCCUGCAAGCGCAGCAUUGACAGUGCCAAGCAGGAUCUGCUGCAGCUCAAGAAUGUGAUCAGCCAGACAGAGCAUUCCUAUAAAGAACUAAUGGCUCAGAACCAGCCUAAGCUGUCGCUGCCUGUCAGGUUGCUGCCAGACAAGGAAGACCCAGGACUGCCACCACCCAAGUCUGCGCACUCCUGCCGCCUGCGGUCCUGCUUCGACUAUGGGCGCUGCCCUCUUACGUCUGGGUUUCCUGUGUAUGUCUACGACACAGGCUCUUAUCCAUGGGGGGACUAUCUGGACCCACUGGUGAAGCAGGCUUUUGCAGCAUCAGUUAAGGGCAACAUUUAUGUAACUGACAACCCCAGCAUUGCCUGUCUGUAUUUGGUGCUGGUAGGGGAGCUACAGGAGUCCUCCUCCCCACUGCCAUCUCCUUCAGAGCUGGAGAAGCAGCUAAAAGCUCUUCCUUACUGGAGAUCUGAUGGACACAACCAUUUACUGGUGCAUCUCUCUAGAAAGUCCAUGACACAGAACUUCCUGUAUAAUGUGAGCACAGGACGAGCAGCAGUCGCUCAGUCCACCUUUUUGGAGCAGCAGUACCGUGAGGGCUUUGACUUGGUUGUGUCCCCACUGGUUCAUGCUCUCUCAGAACCAAACUUUUUGGAAGUGCCCCCUCAAGUUCCUGUAAAGAGGAAAUACCUCUUCACCUUCCAGGGGGAGAGGGUGGAGUCACUGAGGAGCAGCUUGCAGGAGGCGCCCCCUCAAUCUUUCGAGGAGGAAAUGGAAGGAGACCCACCAGCCGACUACGACGAUCGCAUAAUUGGCACCCUAAAGGCAGUGCAGGACAGCCACUUGGAUCAGGUGCUGGUGGAGUUCACCUGCAAGAACCCACGGACAAGUUUGCCGACUGAGUGGGCUCUUUGUGGAGAGAGGGAGGACAGGCUGGAGGUGCUCAAGGCUUCUACUUUUGCCCUGGUGAUUGCUCCAGGAGAUGGACAGCUGGUGGCCUCAGCAGGCUGUGGAAUGAGGCUCUUUGAGGCCCUUGAGGUUGGAGCCAUCCCAGUUGUGUUGGGGGACCACUCCAGACUACCUUACCACCAGUUUAUCCGCUGGAGUGAAGCUGUCAUCAUAGUCCCCAAGCCUCGAGUCACAGAGCUACACUUCCUGCUGCGCAGCCUGUCAGACAAUGAUAUGCUAGCUAUGAGGCGGCAGGGCCGCUUCCUGUGGGAGACCUACUUCUCCACCUCGGAGAAUGUUCUCAGCACCAUCCUUGCCAGCAUCAGAACCAGCAUCCAGGUUCCCGCUGCACCCAUCAAAGAGGAGCCCGCCCACGAGAUCCCUCACAAAGCUGGGAAGCUGGCAGGAACUGAUGCCAACCUGGCUGACAAUGGUGAUCUGGAUUUGGGUCCCGUCGAGACGGAGCCCCCCUACGCAUCUCCACGCUUUCUCCGCAACUUCACAUACACAGCUGCAGACACCUAUAGAGCAUGGAACCGGGCCCCAGGGCCUUUCCACCUGUUUCCUCACACCCCUCUUGACCCCGUGCUGCCCUCUGAAGCCAAAUUCCUUGGCUCCGGUACUGGUUUCAGGCCUAUAGGUGGAGGUACGGGAGGGUCGGGGAAGGAGUUUCAGGCAGCUUUAGGAGGGAACGUGCCGCGAGAACAGUUCACUGUGGUCAUGCUGACAUAUGAGAGGGAGGAGGUGCUGAUGAACUCUCUGGAGAGGUUAAAUGGACUGCCGUACCUGAACAAGGUAGUGGUGGUGUGGAAUUCACCCAAACCUCCUUCAGAUGAUCUGUUGUGGCCCGACAUCGGCCUGCCCAUUGUGGUUGUCCGCACAGAGAAAAACAGCCUCAACAACCGCUUCCUUCCCUGGGAUGCCGUGGAAACCGAGGCCAUUCUGUCGAUUGAUGAUGAUGCUCAUCUCCGCCAUGAUGAGAUCAUGUUCGGGUUCAGAGUGUGGCGUGAGGCCAGAGAUCGCAUCGUGGGUUUCCCUGGGAGGUAUCACGCGUGGGACGUCAACCAUCAGUCGUGGCUCUACAACUCCAACUACUCCUGUGAGCUCUCCAUGGUCCUGACAGGAGCUGCUUUCUUCCAUAAGUACUACGCCUAUCUGUACUCCUACGUGAUGCCCCAGGCCAUCAGGGACAUGGUGGAUGAGUACAUAAACUGCGAGGACAUUGCCAUGAACUUCCUGGUCUCUCACAUCACCCGCAAACCACCCAUCAAGGUAACGUCUCGUUGGACUUUCCGCUGUCCUGGCUGCCCUCAGGCCCUUUCACACGAUGACUCACAUUUCCAUGAGCGCCACAAGUGCAUCAACUUCUUCGUCAAAGUGUACGGGUACAUGCCGCUGCUGUACACGCAGUUUCGUGUUGACUCUGUGCUUUUUAAGACUCGUUUACCCCAUGACAAGACCAAGUGCUUCAAGUUCAUCUAGCAUUGGGCUGAGUCGCCCUGCAAAGAGCCAAGAGCAGAGCGGACUGAAGGACAGGAAGUAUUUAAAGAGAGCAGCAGCUCCCACUGCGAGCAGUGAUGAAGAUGGAUGGAUGGACUGUGAGAGAAAUUCACAGGAGGAAAGUUUUGGGUUAGGGUUUUGCCCAGGGGGAUAGACAAGUUAACCGUAAACGUUGUUGGCUGGUGUCCUAAUCCACAACUCUACUGAAAAUUUGAAAAAUGGAAGCUGAAAGGGACCACUGCCAAGAAAAUAAGCCUUUUCAGUGGAUGUCACUCCUCCUGUUUCAUUUUCUUCAAUCAUGCUCAAUCAUUAACCACUACAGAUGUCAUUUGCACCUCCUGACGGCCUGCUGAGGAAAGAGGGCAGUUGUACACAGUGUACAGAAACUCUCCCAGGAUAAACUCUACCUGACAACGGAGCGAUCAGUUCGUGAAUCACUGACAGACUGAUGUCGGGCUGUUCGGCUCAGCAGCCUGUUGAUGGUUUCAGCUCGGAGAGCAGAAGUGACAAUGGCACAUGGCUGCCACUGCACUUUUCUGUUUGUUUUUCCAUUUUACAGUUACAAACUGUACUUCUUGUACAUGUACGUGAGAGAAGCACUGAUGGUCAGAAGUAUUUUAUUGAACAAACUUUUUUUUUUUUUUUUUUAAAUAAUGUCGUUUAAAUGUGUAAAUCUCUAUGUGGAAUGAACGUUUUCCAGAACCUCUGCCUGUGGGAGAUCAGACACAGACUUAGUCUAAGAACGAGACAGAACCUCGACUGAGGAGUAAAACAAGUCGGCCCGAUCAUGUUUAGUAGUGUCACAUGUCCAAGAAGGAAUUCACUUCAGCAGUCACCAUAAUGCCUCAAACCUGUCAUGAAAACCAGCCACCAUUUUUGUCAUUUUGUUAUGCUUACAGGCACUCGGCUCCUCUUUGAUGAGUGCUUAAAAAUGGCCUGUUUUUUAAUGCUAUAGGGUGUUUACUAAUGUUUCUAAAAUUGGUUCGAGGUUGAAGUAGUCAUGUCUAAAUGUUAUAAUGUUGACCAAUCAACGGUUACAGUUUCCUUUACUGAAGUGCAACAAAGUCAAGAAUCACAGCUGCCCAACAAAAACAAGCUUUUGAAUUCCUGAUGAAGGUUGUAAUUAUGCAGACAGUCUCCAGUGAAGUUACAUGUACUAUUAGGGUUAUUGGUAAAAAAAAAAAAAAAAAAAAAAAGUUUGAAGGGAAAAAAUAUGCUUAUUUUGCAUUGUGGCACAGAGCUGGACAAGAAGAAGCUUGAAAGCUACCAUUCUCAUCAGAAGGGAUCAGUUAGCUUGGCUUUGACAGAUAGUAACAAAGUCCACCUAGCAGCACCUCUAAAGCUCACUGAGUAACCUGUUGUAUCCUGUUUGUUAAAUCCAUACAGAAAAGCAAAUGUAAUGCAAUGAUUAAACAAAUGAGGUAUAAAGUAUUAAUAUUUAGUAGGUGGAUAUUGUUACCACUGCUCAGGCUGUGAGGCUGAUUCCUUUGUCUCCAGUCUUUAUGCUAAGCUAAGCUAACUAGCUUCUAGCAGUAGCUUUAUAUUUCAAAAAUAUGAGAGCGAUAUCAAGCUUCUCAUCUAACUCUCCACCAGAAAGCAAAUAAAAGUAUUUCCCAAAUUUUAGAACUGGCUUUGCAUCAGAUUAUUGAUUAUUAGGUAUGUCCCGCCGUGUUCAUGUGACCCUGCUGUAUCAAACUUUCCCAGCUCAGACAGAAACGUCACUUUACAGUGUCGCCAUAUUGGUUUCACUUUGUUUUUGUUUGUUUUUUUGACCAUUGAUUGAUGAAUGUUUCCUUGCCAAAAAGGUACGAUGUCUGCUGCUUUGCAGCAUAAUUUUCAGGGUGCACAAUGCUUGCUAAAGGGAUGCAGUCUGGUACACCUAUAUCCACUCUGCAUGGUACUUUACCAGGAGACAACCCAUUGGAGCCCGACACAUCAUGUAUUAUAAAUCCAAAGUCCUUUGUUUGACCUUGUCAGACUCAAAUUCCUGUAAUCUGAACAAAAUAUCAACCUGAUAAGAUCUCUGUUAAAAAUAUAUUUAGAUUAGCGUCUUCUUUCCCAAAUUAUGUUCUAACUGUUCAACAAAAAGUCCAUGUUUCCUGUAUAUUUAUUGAAUAUAUUAUGAAAAAAAGAUUUUUUUUAAACUGAUGACACAUGCAAUAAAAAGACAUUGACAUUAUUCCUAAUGACAAAGAGGAUCCAAUCUGAUUGAGCUGUCAUCCUAUCUCAUUUCCGAGGAAAACUAGCUCGUGCCACUGAGUACUUGGGGGUGGGUCGGGGUGGGUUAUACUGUGGACAGAGAGGUCGGCCUAUAAGUAGAACGUCAUAAAUUCAGCUUCUGAAAGAGCCAGUGGGCGCUGGUUGAGGUGUCUUUGAAGCCGAAUCCCUACCUGUGAGAUAUUAACAUAAUCAGGAACAUUUAUCUAAGAUCUAUCUACUGUGGUCUAAGAUGGCAAUACAGCUAAAAUGAAUCCAAAUUGACACUUUAUAUUUCUGCACCAGACUUGGAAAAACCAGCCUGACUUCUCAAACCCUCAUCACAUCUCAACACUUAUAUCUGGAGCUCCAGGGGGCUUGUAAUUACCUGGCUGACUCUAAACCUGUCCUCAGGGCACAGUUUUGGUCAGCUGGUGUUUUGGAAGUAAACCUCUCCAUUCCUCCACUCUGUGCCCCCCCACCCCAACCCCCACCCCCCUCAAGGGUCUGUGGCACAGCUGGUUUUUCCGUGGCCUAAAGCAGGAAACAUUUCCCUGGAAGGCUGCAGUCACUCUGCUAGGUGUAAGGAGUUGUGAAACUAUGUGCUCCUGGGUCUGAUCCAUGCCUGUGGGCGAGGCUCCAGCCACCUGCAGCGCUGCCUGCACUCCACUAGACUGAUGACUGAUGACAGCGUCAAACAUACCGUUGAAGGCCAGAUGAAUGGAAAUAAAAACUCUCAACAUUGUUAAAAACA